AUGAUUUUCUUCAACAAUCAUUUCUCUCUCAAGUCAGGUUUGUCAUAUUCGUUAUCUACUCUGCUUCGAUUUUUAAGUUACAGAAAAUUGUCAACACGCAUCAUCGAAAAGGUGAAGAGGAAACCCUCUAAGCGGAAUAUGAGCGGAGGACGAAACCAGAAAAGAAGAAUCAAUUCAGAUGGUCCUUCUAUGAGUGAGGAUGAUCCUCGAUCGAGCACCAAGAGAGCGCAUGGUCUGAACAUGGAUAUACAUCCUGCACUUCGUUCCUCAAAUCUCAACUUGAUUGGCCACAGAGGUAAUCCUUACUUGCUUGGCGAAGAAUCAAAUUCUAAAGAGCCCUCGUCAUAUGUUUAUAAGAGGUAUGCUAGGGGUCUCAAAUUCCAUGAGCCAGGUGAAAUAGCAAGUCGAAUUGAAGAAGAAAGAACGAAAGCUGCUAAAGAGGAACAAGAAAAAGAGAAAGAGGCACAUAUACGACGGGAAAAAGUACUACGAGGUGAGCUACCAGACGAAUCUAUUGGAGAGGAGAAAUAUUUGUACCAUGAGAUCCCUGACAUGGAAUGGUGGGAUACAUCAUUCAUAAAGGACCCCGAUACAUGGACUAUUGCGGAAAAGUACUCAAAGACUUACAACGAUGACGAAGACGACAGUGACGACAGUGACGACGAAGAUGACCUUAAGAACGGAAUUGAGCGCCCAAGUAUAAGAUACAUACAACAUCCGGUUCCUUAUCUGCCGAAUAGAAAUGAAAGCUUACAGACAAGAAUAUACCUAACCAAGAAGGAACAAAAGAAGAUUCGCCGUAAUAACAGAAAGCUCCUGCGUGAAGAACAUGAGCAGAAGAUAAAACUGGGGCUUGAAGAGAAGCCAACACCUAAAGUGAAGCUCAGCAAUAUGAUGAGUGUUUAUCAGAAUAAUGAGAACAUCACGGACCCCACCAGCUGGGAACGCACAGUAAAAAAGCAGGUGGAAGAAAGGUAUCAGCAUCAUAUAGAAGAAAAUACCAAAAGACAUUUGGAAGCGGUAAAACGUAAGCAUGAGGAACAAGCAACCAAAAAGGAGGUUCCCUCGCAAUUUUGCUGUCGUGUGUUUCGUUUCAGCAGCCUCAGAAACCCCAAGGUAAGAUAUAAAUUAGCCACUAAUAGCCGGCAAUUAGCACUCCGAGGUAUUUGUGUACAUGUCAAUGGUGGUCCGGGGAUCCUCGUCGUGAUAGGAACCGAGAAAGCUUGCAGAUUUUAUGAACGCCUGGUCCUCAAGAGAAUCCGUUGGAAUGAAAACUUCCAUGACAAAACGACGAACGAGGAAGUGGAUAAUUCUCAAGCCCAAGUGGAAAUGUCAUGGGAAGGGUAUUUAAGAGAAACUAAGUUCAGAGGCUGGUUCAUGAAGCAAUGCGCCAGCGAUGAAGAGAUGCGUGCGCUGUUGCGCGAGUUUGAUGCGGAGUCCUUUCUCAAUUAG